GCCAAGGCGCCCACACAAAGAAUAAAUACGAAACGAAGAAGUGAAGAACGAUUUAGUGAAAAAAAGACCUAUUUUGUGAAUUGCUGCACCAGGAAAAACACAGACGAAGAGAAUACGAAACUCAACCCUAGAUGAUGGCAGUGAAACAGCACCAACCCUUUCCAGAAAUACCCUCUGCCCUGUUGUGGGAAAUUCUGGGUAGGCUUCCGAUUAAGACGUGUUUAACUUGCAAGCUUGUUUGCAAAGAAUGGUAUCAUGCCAUCGCCAGUCCCGAUUUCUCUUCUUUCCUCUGCCGUUUUAUGGCCCCCCAACUUAACGUCUUGUUUUGUUGUUACUCGGGCGCUACUGUGAGAUCUACUUUCAAUUUGAUUGGGCUUGAAAAGGGUUCGAAUGUCGAUGAUACAGGCCAAUUCAAGGUUCUCGUUCUGCUUUGGGAUGUGGAGAGGAAGAUCCAACUAGCAAAGAUCCAGACUUUGGGUGAUGGUGAAUGGAGGAGUGUGGGCAACUCACCCUUGAAGAUUGUGAGGGGUGGAUGUUUUCUGAACGGGUCUAGUCAUUGGCGUGAUGACAAGUGUAUAUGGUCCUUUCAUUUUGGGGAAGAACGGUUCUCGCCAACCCCAAUCCCAUUUCCCGAUGAUGUCAUCAGUGAGGCCUAUAAGAAGAAGAGUAAAAUCUUGUGCGUUUUCAACUAUUGUCUAUGUUUGAGAUGUUCCUCGUGCGUUGUUGGUGAUGAGAUUGACGUAUGGAUAAUGAAGGAGUAUGGUGUGAAAGAAUCUUGGGUGAGGCAAUUUGUCAUAGUGAAUGAUCCAUGGAGUGUGCCUCUAAUGCAUAUGGAUGAGGGGAAGAUACUUGCGGAGAGUGGAAACAAAUUAUAUUUAUAUGACCCGCAAACUCGGGUUGCUAAGACAAUGAACUUUGACGGGCUUUCUGGGUGAUGGGUGCCGCCCGUGGCACUUGAUGCAAGUUUCUUGAGGUUUAUAAAUCUUAUCAAAUUAUUAUGUUACUCUUUGCCUAGUUUUUAUUUAUUUAUCUGUUGGCUUAGUUGUGUUAGAGUUUUUUUGAGAUAACCUAUGGUAAAACUGCCUACCUUCUCUUUUGAGCAAAAGAAAGGUUUUUUUUUUUU